AAUAAAUCGUCUCAAUUCUCUAAUUUGCGAUGCUUCGUGGGCGCCGAAGAAGCGACAUAAUAGCUGCUAUUGUUAGUUCGGCGCCGAAGUUAGUGGGGACUCGGAGGACAUCGGCGUUGAUACUGCCUGCAUUCCAUGUCGGAGCUUUCGGCGGCGAAUGACUCCGUGGCUUUUCCUCAAGCUCCUCUUCCAUCCUCUUCCCAGCUCUUUUCUUCACGGAAUUUCCGCAAAACACCAAGUGAAGAGAUCAUGUCGGUAGUAACACCAGGCUCCGAGCCCCUGCAUAAGGCAUGCGAUACGUGCAGAGCCAGGAAAACGCGAUGUAGUGAGUCGAGGUUCCAGUCGGUCGGAAGAGAACUGCUUCCAGGUCGGUGUCUGACUAAUCUCGAUUUCACGCCAGAAAUCUCGGGCAACACUGAUGCCUGCGACUUCUGCCUGGUAUAUCAGGCCGCCAUGUCUCCGCCUUUCGGAAUGCUGAUUGUUCCAUUAUUUAUUGUUCAUAGUCGCAGCACCGUCCCUGCUCCUUUACUCCAGUCAAGCGACCAAGGAAGCGCAAAUAUGAUGCAUCAGUUUUCAUACCACUGUCCUCCACAUACCAACAGUCCGUUCGUGACCUUCCUGGUCCGCAGUUAGGCUCCGAAAAUGUGGGCUAUCAGCAGCCGGGACUGUAUAUCGACUCUUUGCUUGCAAAUCGCCAAGCCUCUCGCAUACACGGAGGUGCCAGUCAUCCAGAUCAGCUGACCACUAUCUUUGGCCCAAACCCCAACAUUUCUUUCUUCCCUGAGCGACGGGUUCGCGCCAUCAGUCAGCGAUUGGGCCACAACCGGCUCGAUCAGCUACUAGAUGAAAUACGCGCGGUGGUUGCAACCAAGGUCAAAAAUAGUUGUGCCAUCCCUCAGUCAUAUAUACAACGACACCUGAGCACCGGAAAGAUCCAAGUCCC